AUGGCUGGUGAAGCGAUACUCAUCUCUGGUCGUGCUCAGUCGGUGCUGGCUGUGUGCAGAGGAGCUCACGCGGCUGCCUCUGCUGCUGCCUCUGCUGCCUCCUCUGCUGCUGCCUCUGCAUCCCAAACCCUUGAGAAGAGUCAUCUGAGCAGGGCACUGGAAGCUCAAGACGCCCCUCACGCUGCUGCCUCUGCCGCUGCCUCCCCACCCACGUCCCUUGAGGGGCGUCCGCCAAGCAGGGCCCUGGAAGGGAGGUCAAGGAGGGACGGUGUGGGAGAGCAGAUGAGGAGGGGGGGAGGGGGAGGGGGUAUUAAAAAGAAUGGCAAGGGAGAGAAGUGCAGUGCCGAACAAGGGGUGACGAAUCCAGACGAGCAGAUGGCAGGUGAGAAGGAAGCACAGCUGCUGAAACACACCCAAGAGCAGAAGGGGGAACCUUCACCUCACCUUCCCUUACCAAGGGAAUAA